AUGACGUUACCCAUCGAACCUCAGGCCUGGACCAAAGAUUCGUUUCUUGUGUCAACGGAUAAAAACCUCCUCUCGGUGUCAGCCAUCAACGCCGCGUUCGACAAGGAUUUCAUGUACUGGACGAAAAGCUACCCCGAAGAUAUCCUAAAGCAGAUCAUUGAGAGUUCCUUUUGCUUCGGAGUGUACAAAACCACGCCGAAGACUACUGGCCAGAAUGGGGAAUGCAACGGCAUCUCAACUGAUGGUCCAACCGACGCACAACAGAAUGUAGAACAGAUCGGAUUCGCGCGGCUUAUCACGGACAAUGUUACAUUCGCAUAUCUGACUGACUUGUAUAUCCUCCAAGAUUAUCAGGGUCACGGUCUUGGGGGCUGGCUAAUCGAUUGCGUGGAUGAGGUAUUGCGACCGCUGCCACACUUGAGGUGGUUUAUGUUGCGGACGUCGGCGGAGAAGAGCAAGCAGGCGUACGAGAAGCGUUUGGAGAUGACUGUCUUGGAUACGAGCAGUGUCAGUGAGGGCGGAAUCAUGAUGGGGAGGAAGGGGAAGGCCAAUAUGGCUUGA